AUGAUGUCCUACAUCAAGCAGCCCCACUACGCCGUCAACGGGCUCGCCCUGGCCGGGCCGGGCAUGGACCUGCUGCACUCCGCCGUGGGCUACCCUGCCACGCCGCGGAAGCAGCGCCGCGAGCGCACCACCUUCACGCGGGCGCAGCUGGACAUCCUGGAGGCGCUCUUCGCCAAGACGCGCUACCCCGACAUCUUCAUGCGCGAGGAGGUGGCCCUCAAGAUCAACCUGCCCGAGUCCCGCGUGCAGGUGUGGUUCAAGAACCGCCGCGCCAAGUGCCGGCAGCAGCAGCAGCAGAGCAGCGGCCAGGCCAAGGCUCGGCCCGCCAAGAAGAAGAGCUCGCCACCCCGCGAGGCGCCCGCCGACGCCGGGGGGGCCGGGCCCUACAGCCCCCCGCCCGCCGGCCCCGCCGGCACCCCCAGCUCCGCCGCCGGCGCCACCGUCUCCAUCUGGAGCCCGGCCUCCAUCUCGCCCGUGCCGGACCCCUUGGCCACCACGGCCGCGCCGGGGCUGCCGCGCUCGGCGCCGUUCCCCGGCUCCUACGGCCAAGCCGGCGGCUACGGGCAAGGCUACGCCGGAUCUGCCGCCUAUUUCGGGGGCCUGGACUGCAGCUCCUACCUCUCGCCCAUGCACCCGCAGCUGGGGGCGCCCGGCGCGGCGCUGAGCCCCUUGGCCACCCCCGCCAUGGGCGCCCACCUCGCCCCCUCGCCCGCCGGCUUGGCCGGGCAAGGUUACGGCGCCGCCGGGCUGGGUUUCGGCGCCGUCGACUGCCUGGACUACAAGGACCAGGCGGGCUCCUGGAAGCUCAACUUCAACGCCGCCGACUGCCUGGACUACAAGGACCAGAGCUCCUGGAAGUUCCAGGUCUUGUGA